AUGGCAAGAACGAAGGCCGCAGCGCCUAUCCGGAGAGAGCUGUCUUCCGAGUACACUGGGAAACACGAUCGAACGGCCAAUGGUAGGGACCUCGCCCCUAAGGGCGCGAACGGCAGUGUCCAGGCCGCCAAGAGGGAGAGCACAACCCAGGACUCAGGCGCGGGUGUGAUCCAGCUACUGAUCUGCGUGUUGGGGAUCUAUGGGUCUUUCUUGACCUGGGGCGUCCUUCAAGAAAAAGUCCUCACGACGCCGUACACGAAUCCCUCGACCGGCCUCACCGAGAAAUGGAAAUUCCCCGUCUUCCUCCAAGUGAUACAGUCCAUCUUCUCCUCCAUCACGGGCUCCCUAUACCUCUACACCUCCACGCCCAAGGGCCAGGCCGUGCCAGCCAUCAUCCCGAACCAGCGCAUUAUCCUGCCGCUCCUGCUCGUCGCAGUGUGCCAGGCCCUCGCGGCGCCCAUCGGCUACGCGGCGCUCGCGCACGUCAACUACAUCACAUACACCCUCGCCAAGAGCUGCAAGCUGCUCCCCGUCAUGUUCCUGCACAUCACGCUGUUCCGGAAGAAGUAUCCGCUGUACAAGUACCUCGUCGUGGCGGCCGUGACGAUCGGCGUGGCCGUCUUCACGCUGCACUCGGGCAAGAAGAAGAGCUCCCACAGCUCCUCGUCGUCCGAGAGCGGGCAGACGGCCUGGGGCAUGUUUCUGCUCGGCAUCAACCUGCUCUUCGACGGGCUGACCAACAGCACCCAGGACUGGAUCGUCUCCGAGUUCCGCCCGUAUCGCGGCCCGCAGAUGAUGUGCGCCAACAACAUGAUGAGCUCGGCGCUGAGCGGCCUCUACCUCGUCCUCAGCCCCUGGCUGGUGAGUACGCCGGUGGGCGCGUGGUUCGGCAUGGCCGAGGCCGUCGGUGGUGAUGAGGCAGGCGAGCUGUACGCCGCGCUGGGCUUCAUGGCCCGGCACCCAGGCGUGUGGUGGGAUGUGCUUGGUUUCGCGGCCUGUGGUGCCGUAGGACAGGUCUUUAUAUUCUACACGAUAGCCAACUUCGGCUCCGUCAUCCUCGUCACCGUCACCGUCACCCGCAAGAUGCUGACCAUGAUACUCUCCGUCAUCUGGUACGGCCACAGCCUCACGCAUAUGCAGUGGCUGGGCGUCUCCAUGGUGUUUGGCGGCAUCGGCGUCGAGGCCAAAAUUAAGCACCAGUCCGAGAUGCAGAAGGCGGAGCACAAGAAGAAGCAAAACGACGAGACGGAGAAGAAGGCGCAGUAG